CGUGGUACCACCGCUUUGACGCGGGUACGGAGCAACGGGCAGCAGCUUCCCGGGGUUUGACGCCAGGCCGAGCUGUUUCACUCCUGCUGCUGCUUUCUCUGUCAACAUGCCGCUACACAGAGCCAGCUCCGGAAUGACCUGCUGAGUCCUCGGCCUUCCCUGUAGUGUUGUGACGGACCAGCGAGGGGAGGAGGAGUAGAAGAAGGAGCAAGAUGCCCCCAGUGUCGGACGUGGAGGUCGAAGUGGCCUCAGUGUCUGAGGGGGUGAGGAAGGGGAGAAGGGGAGGGCCGCUGGCCCGGGAAGACUGCCUCUGCCCCGUGUGUCUGGAGAUCUUCCUGGAGCCAGUGACGCUGCCCUGCCAACACACCUUCUGCAAGGCGUGCUUCCUGGAGUCAGUGGACAAGGCGACGCUGUGCUGCCCUCUGUGCAGGAAGCGCGUGUCGACCUGGGCGAGGCUGAACGGCAGGAACAAGACGCUGGUGAAUGAACGGCUGUGGCAUCAGAUCCAGGCGGCGUUCCCUCUGCAGUGCCAGCGCCGGCUGAGCGGGCAGGAUGGGGGCGAUGACGACGACCGGGAAGGGUCAGUGUCUAUGCCCAGGGUGAGCCAGCCCGGAGAGCUGAGACGAGAAUAUGAAGACCAGAUCAGCAAACUGGCGGAGGAGAAGCGGGCGCUGGAGGAGGCGGAGCGCAGAGCGAGUGAGGAGUACAUCCAGAGGCUGCUGGCCGAGGAGGAAGAGCGGCUGCUGGAGGAGAGGAGGAGGCAGCAGGAGAAACAGCUGGAGGACGACGAGAGGCUGGCCCGCAUGCUCAGCCAGCAGCUGAACUCCAGUCCCAUCUCUCAGGAAAAUGUUCAUCCUGCUGACGUCGCCUCAGCCAAGAAGAAACAGAAGAGCGGUGCAGGACAGAUAGAGAAGUUCCUGUGUCCUCUCCCACCCAAACUGAACACUUCAGACUGCAGUCCACCGUCCAGCUUCAUGGCCAACAAGGAGAACAUCCUGCACUCCCAGGAGGAGCUGCAGUCACCCGCGGUCGACCGUCCGAUGCCUAGCCUGGAUUUCUACGGCAUCGAGACGGACGGCUUCAGAUCCGAGUCUCCGACCUUUGACCUUCCAGCCGGUCACAGACCCUCCAGAAGUUUCCUCAACGGGGACGCAGGGCCGUCGUCCGCCAAGAGGAAAAGCUCUGAGCUGGAGACGACCGAGGAGGAGGCGUUGACGGCCACCAAGCGCAGCUGCUCCUCUCUGCCCUCCACCUCCUCCUCCUGCCUGCAGGAGGCACCGGGCGAGGCGCUGCAGGAGAUCAACGAGCGGGAGGCAGAGCUGCUGAGCCGCUGGCGGCAGGAGGAGGAGGACCGGCGGCUGGCGCUGCUGCUGCAGAAGGAGCUGGACCGAGAGGAGGUGCAGAGAGCCACCGACAGGCGCAAAGGAUCCGCCGACCAGUACCUGCUCCGGCAGAAACACCGAGCCGAGGCGGAGGGCGGGAGCAGCGGCAGACCGAAGCAGGAGACGCCACGCAAACCUGACAAGUCACCCUGCUCUACUACUUCUUCUGCCACCAACAAAAAAACUCCAAAGACUCGCACUUCUUCUUCCUCUUCUUCUUCUUCUUCCUCGUCAUCCUCGGCCAACAAAAAGACUGAGAAGGCUUCCAGUCUGCCGUCCACCCCGCUGCACAGAGGUGGGAAGCAGACCACGCUCACCGAGAUGUUCCCCGGCCUGGGCAGCUGAGCCUCUCUCUCUCUCUCUUUCUUUCUGCCUCCUGCUGUCUCUCUUCCAUCUCCGAGUUAUAACUGUGGUCGUAGAGUAGCGGCUGUGUUUUGGCGCCUGCUGCUGUGACCCGACAUGCGUCACAUGUUCUGCCGCCGCUCGUUCCAAAUCUCGCUUCGUUUUCUUCACAUUUCCACCAGAAAGCAGAAACACACAAAACAGUUAAAAAUACUGAAAAAUACAGAAAAAAAUACAGAAUAAAUACUGUUCAGUUUUUUUUUUUUUUUUUCCCAUAAACGGCUUUCUUCAACUCUGCAUUCUUUCAUUGUUUAUUAUUUUCACAGGAAAGCACCAACUCUGUAACAGUGAACAAAACAUAACAUUUGGGUUGCAGUGCAGCUGAAUGUCCACCAGGGGGCCUCUCGUCUCUUCACAGCGCUGCCCUCUGAUUAGCCUCGUUUUCAGAGGAGAGGGGGCGGUGUUGCAGCUUCAGCAGAGAGCAGAGGCCACAGGUUCAUUGUUUUAACUUAAGGAAGAAUAAGAAAACACUUGAAAGGUUUUAUUUAAUAUUUCCACAGCAGCAGAGGCCAAACACUUCCUAGCAACCAGGGUGUUAUUAGCUUUUCAUCAAAGACCUUCAUGCUAAUCCGUCUUGAUGCAGCGAUGCAUUCUGGUCUAUGUGCCUCUCCUCUCUGUGUCUCUUCUACGAUGGAUUGCUCCCUGUAUGAUUGUUGAAACGUCGAUGCAAAAUGGCGGCUGUAGAAAGUACAAAUACAUCACUAACAGCUGUUUUUUUUUUUUUUUUUUUAAACAGCAUCAAACUGAUUUUCUCUAAGUGCUGCUUUUAAAUAACUCUAUGAGUGACGGUUCCCGUGGUUUUAGCAUGUAACUGCUGCUUCAGAGGCCUUGACAUUUCAGGGGAAACCCCCGCAGCUCUCUGGGCGAGCGGCUGGCUGCCUGCGCUCUGUCUCCCACUGGUGCCUUGUUGUCCUCUUCAUUCUGUGGACAUGAACCUGAGAGAAAACGCUGGGCUUUUAGUCAGCAGAGCAACAGAAUCAAUUUGUACUACAGUUUAAAGUCGUGACACUCAGCGGCCAUGUUCACUUUAGAGGAGAAGAGGAGUCCAGGCGGUGGCUGGUGUCUGUCGGAGGAAGCCUCUCCCAGUGUUCAGGUUGUUUCCAGCCCUCACCGCCCGCCCUGGAGUUUAGUUUGGCUCCUCACUCUCAGUUUUGUGCUGGAGUGCUUUGGGGGUUUUUUGUUUUUGUUUUUCUGGGGGGGAUAAAGGCAAAAUUGACAUGAUGAGAUUGUUGUGGAAGAAUAAAUUGGUUGUGAUUUAUUUUUGUCCGAAAGAAAUAAAAAAUGUAAACAAG